AUGGCAAGACUCACUGACGGUACCGGCGAAACGUCGGGGAAUCCACGAAGUCAGACUAACAAGGGAGAGGAAAUAGAGAUUCUUCAGUUUUCUACCAACAGUACAAGUGGCCACUGCUUGAUGCAAAAGCCUGAGGUGCGUGUGAUCCCGGUCAACUUGUACGGCAACCAAGAGGCCUAUCGGACAGAGGUCACUCUGAGCAUGUUCUGUAUGGAGCAGGCCUUAUUGUUCAUAGUCGACCCGCUAAUGGGCGCAAAUGCAGCCGUCACAACUAACGUGGGCGUGACUGGAAUGUCACUGAUUUCGCCCAGUCAGUUGUCGGGUGGGGAGCAGAAACAGACGACAGACCAUCGACAAGAGGUGAGUAAGUUGUCGGUUUCGAGCCACUCUUCUCGUCAAUAG